AAGUCUAGCUGGACCCCGGGAGACACAACCUCACACCACCUGCUAUGGUAGUUGGUGAUUGAGUAAGUUCUUCACUCAUCAGUAAGGUUUAUCUGGGAUAUUUCUGAGGCAAAGAAUGAAGCCAAGAGGAUCACAUGAAGAACAGGGAGAAGACAGUGAAGGAAACGAGGCGGCGAGUGAAGGAAAUUAUCCGGCGAGUGAAGAGAAUGAUCCGGUGAGUGAAGGAAAUGAGCCGGAAAGUGAAGGAAAUUAUCCGGCGAGUGAAUUCGUAGAAGACGGAGAAAGCGGCGAAGAAGAGCAUGGGGUGGUAAGUGAUAUUGAUUCGGAAGACACUACAAGCGAGGAUAAUGAGUACGAUGAUGAAGUGUCGAAGCGGGAAGAAGAAGAAGCGGAGGUGGAGGAGGAGGUACCAAAAUCAAAAGGCAUCAUUGAGACACUGAAUGAAUAUCUUGAGAGUAUUUUUGCCACAGCGGAAGAACAUGAUGAAGAGGUUGAAGAGGAACUUACGGCAAUGUACGAACUCCUCUGGAAGAUCUUGAGCGGCACCUUGGGAGUCAUAGCCAUUGUGGUCAUCCUCACCAAAUACCCACAGUACUUAGAUAUUCUCCAUGAAAAUCAACUUUGGUUCUCAAAUAUUAGGGAGGUUGAAAGAGAAAUAUCCUUCCGAACAGAGCAGGGACUCUACUAUUCUUACUUCAAGCAGAUAGUAGAGUCCCCAACAUGGCAGGAGGGGUUUAAUCAGCUGAAACAAGACAAUCAGACGGAACAUGGUCGUACAAUCAACAUCAUCCACAGAUUUAAUAUUCUUCCAGAAAUCAUCCUCAGCGCUGUUUAUAGAUGGUUGUCUCCUCGGGAAGCACCAAGUGUGUUUUAUGUGUCCACCGUGUUUGGCCUACAUGGGGUGUUCGUCGCUACUCUGUAUAUAACCGCCUGGUACCUCAGUGGCUCCAUCCUUGCCGGCUUCAUCUCCGUGAUCCUCUUUGUCGUUCACCUGAUUGACACAACCCGGGUCAACUACACCGUUCCACUGAGGGAGAGUUUUGCCGUCCCACUUCUCUUCCUGCAGAUAUUCCUCAUGUGUACUUAUAUUAGAUCAUACAAGUGGCAGAGAGUUAAGUUGGCCGCCAUCUUCCUCCUGAACGUGACUUUCCUCCUGAGUUGGCAGUUUGGGCCUUUUGUUCUACUGUGUCAACUGUUUUGCUUCACGAGUCUCGGCAGAUUACUUCUCAUGACAGGAACAAAGGUCAGCAUGCUGGUGGUGGUGAUGGGCAUCUCCCUCCUGGUGGCGUGUGUAGUACAAGCCAACCCUCCUUUAGUUGUGUCCUCACCGGCGCUAUCCAUGGUGCUGCCGGCCCUCGUCCUCAGUUUUACUCCCUCGGCGGACAGGAACCUCGGAACAACUCUCAGACUCACCAUCGUGGCUGCUGAACUAUCCCUGCUCUUGCUGGCUACUGUGCUCAUCAAUGGCAGUAUAAAGAUAUUUCUCGACAUAAAUGCAGACUCUCAUGUUUACCAACUACUCUUUGCAAAAUUACAAAUGGGAGAUAUACGAGACUUUGACUCACGACUGUAUAUGUGUAGUGAUGCCUUUGACUAUAUGGACAUUGAGUCCCUGGAAAGGCUGUGUGAGAGUGGACUCCUGCCGCUGUACGUUGUUGGUGUCAUUGUGUUUUUAGUAUCAACUGUGAACUAUUUCUUAAGAAAUAAUCCAGAGGAAAAUAUGGAAAAUUAUACUGAAAUUUCAUCCGAUUAUAGAGAAAAUCUAUUUAAUUUAUUGGAGUUAAGUAGAGAAGAGAUUUCUUACACUUCAGAGUAUAUGAAAAUAAUACAACAGGAAAUUGAGACUCUUGAAUAUGGAACAGAGAGAGUCAUUGACACUACAUACAUGGGUGACAUGAAGGUGGAUCCAUCUACAGAAAAACUGAUCAAAGAACAAUCACAGACAGAGUGUAUCUAUGCCCCCUGGGAUUCCUCUCAAGGUCAAUCAUUCAUUCAAGGAAGACCUGACUUGAUCUUCUUUUUGGCACUGUCGGUCAUGUGGAGCAUUUUGGCAACUCUUAUUCUUCGUCUUAAAGUGCUGUGGAUGCCAACAGUGUGUGUCCUGACGGGUGUCUUUAUGGCUGACAUAAGAAUAUACAGCUCACUAAUACCUGUACUCACAUGUGGAAAGUUGUCAUCCUAUCUUCCAAGAUGGUUUCCUGAAUUUUUUAAAAUGAUCAUCUGCUUCAGUUUUGUAGCCUUCAUCUAUAUCAAGUUUUGGGGUAAAGUGGCAUCAGAAGUGUGGCCAGAGGAGAUGUAUGAGUUCUGGGACCCUGAUACUGUGGAGUUGAUGGAGUGGGUCCAGUCUUACACUCCACCUGACGCCGUGUUCGCUGGCUCCAUGCAGUUACUGGCGGGUGUAAAGUUAUGCACUGGUCGACACAUAACUAAUCAUCCUCACUAUGAAGACUCCUGGCUCAGGGACCGCACACAUCAGGUUUAUCAGAUAUAUGGGCGGGAAGCUCCUGAAGUUGUAUAUAAUGCUCUGAAGACUGCCGGAGCUACACAUAUCAUCGUGGAGGACAGCAUCUGUCUCCUUAGUGUUGACUCCAAGCGCCCACUGUGUAGACUGAUCGAUAUUGUUGACCUUCAUAAUGGUCAUAUCCCGGAGAAUGGAGGACAGGGUAUACCAGCCUUGCAAACACCCUUACACGGGAGAUUCUGCAACAUGGUUCAGCAGAAGAUUGCCGAGUACAGCCGCUUCUUCUCCCUCGUCAUGAGCAACAAGACCUUCAGGGUGUAUAGAGUCGCCGUUACCUCCUAGCCUUAAGAGUUAGCUAAGGUGUCUCUCUCUUUUGUGAGGUAUGGUUAUUAUUACAGGCAGGUCCCGGGUUACGUACGAGUUCCAUUACUACGGACGUUCUUAAGUCGGAAAGUAUCCCCCGUGUGCGUGCCAUACUUGCAGAACAAUGUUUAAAAUCCCACUGUGUCAUAGCCUGAGUCCUUAUAUACAUCUAAAAUCACUUAAUUUAAGAGAAAAGAAGAAAUAUAAUGACAAAAUACUGUAAAUGAGAGUAUAAG